UUACGAGUGGAGAAGCCAGUCGGACGUGUUUUUUUUUACCCGAGUCCACGGGAAGACAAGGACGGCCGGGAGCAGGAAAAACAAAAGCUUGGGCACCUCCGCGCUCAUGUUGUGGUGAUUGUAUCAAUUUACAGGCAAAUGUUUUUUUGAUUUUUUUCCACCCCGCUCGUAUCGAUGCGGAAAAAUAAAAUAAAAUUUGCAAUCGAAAUCCGGUCGCAGCCCGGUGUUUCGUAAUUUUAAAAAUGCAUGGUUGAGCAGGAAGGGAGAGUUGGAGCUGUUUUCUUUUUUCUUUUUCUUUUUUUUUUUUUUUAAAGCCGCGCGUAAAAGUUGGUUAGAGCGUCGGAUCCGAGCGGCCCUAUAUGACAAGACUUUGGGAUUUUAUUUUUCUCCGUCUUUCCGGGUCAAAGUUAAAAGUUAGUCGGUGUGACUCUGAGUUUGGAGUCGAGGAGGAACCGGUGGAUUAAUUCGGCUGAAGCGGAGGACAGAGAGAGAGAGAGAGAGAGAGGGGAAGAGAGAGAGGGAGAGAGGAGCCCAAUGGAGGACAGCUCGCUGUCGGAGUCUGAGGUGGAAAACAAAGGGAUGAGCGGUAGAAAUGAGUCCAUAGCGCUGUGUGCUGGAUUUUCACCCAGUUCAGAGGUGCACAUUGUUCCCUUCCCUGCCUUCUUCUUUCCCUGUCUGUGGUCCACCUCCCUUCAUUCCUGUCUUUCUUUCACUUUUGCGCUUUGGCCCUGGGACCCUUUUAAAAUGCCCCCCCUCCCCUCUCCCCCUCCCCUCCUUCCCCUCUCUCUGAUUCGUCAGACGGGAGUGAAUAUCCCUCUUUUUGUCUCUCUCUCUCUCCACUCCCUCCACACUCUCUCACUCCCUCUUUCUCUCUCCCUCCCUCUCUCUCUCUCUCUCUCUCCCCAUCUCUGAUUAGAUAUACUGAUUCCUCCUUUCAAUGGACGUCAUUUAAGCGCAGACUCCUGCCUUGAGUUGCGUCCUCUGCUUCACACCCGAUUUCCGACCAUUCUUUCUCUAUUAUUAAGUAUUCCUGUAAUAUUAAUAGUCAUGAAUGCGUUCUAUUAGGAGUCCAAGAGGGAGACGAAGAAGCGGCUCUUUUGCUAAUAUGAGCUCAAGCGAAGGGACGGCUGCAGUGUGAUAGAAGCCAGGAGAGCAAGGAGAAAAGAGGGUUUAAGCGAAACUUUUCGACCCAAAUCCUCCAGCACCGCCGAAUAUCAGCAUUUUUAGACCCAAAUGAAGAGCAGCGGGGAUCUAACCAUUUCUUUCUGAUGGAUUAUCAUCCUGCUUCUGUGGCACAUAUCUGAUCGCCGGGGCCAUUGUGAUCUUGCAGGAGAGAAGAGUCUUUUCCGAGGGGGGGCAAAACAUAUAUAUAUAUAUUUUUGUUUUGCUGGUUAUUCCCGGUGCUCGCCCCUCCUGCAAACACUCAUAGUGUUUUUGAACUGAUUAUUCUUUUUUUCUUGAGUCGCACUAAAAUCCUUUCAGAUGUUAGUGCACAGUUUUUCCGCGAUGGAUCGUCACGACGGUACCAGCAAUGGGACAGCCAGGCUACCUCAGCUGGGCAGCGUGGGCCAGAGUCCCUACACGAGCGCCCCUCCGCUCUCUCACACACCGAACUCGGACUUCCAGCCCCCGUACUUUCCCCCGCCUUACCAGCCCAUCUACCCGCAGUCUCAGGACCCUUACUCGCACGUCAACGACCCGUACUCCCUCAACUCCCUGCACGCCCAACCGCAGCCGCAGCACCCGGGCUGGCCGGGCCAGAGGCAGGGUCAAGAGAGCGGCCUGCUGCACCAGCACCGCAGCCUGCCUCACCAGCUGUGCCGGGAGUACCGUAGAGAAGUGCUCCUACCGUCCGGCCACGGCAUCGAAACGGGACUGUCGGACUCUAUCCCUAUCCAUGGAAUACCUCACUCUUUAGAAGACGUUCAGCCUGUUGAGGAUCAAGGAAUUCACAUUCCCGACCAGACUGUAAUUAAAAAAGGUCCAGUGUCUUUAUCCAAGAACAACAAUGUCUCCGCCAUCCCCGUAAAUAAGGACGGUCUUUUCGGAGGGGUGGUAAACCCCAAUGAGGUGUUCUGCUCAGUUCCGGGUCGCCUUUCCCUCCUCAGCUCCACAUCAAAGUACAAGGUCACGGUGGCGGAGGUACAGAGACGCCUCUCGCCGCCCGAGUGCCUCAACGCCUCUCUGCUGGGCGGGGUGCUGAGGAGGGCCAAGUCUAAGAACGGAGGAAGAUCCUUAAGGGAGAAGCUGGAUAAAAUCGGCUUGAAUCUACCUGCGGGCAGACGCAAGGCAGCCAACGUCACCUUGCUGACGUCACUAGUCGAGGGCGAAGCGGUACAUCUUGCCAGGGAUUUUGGUUAUGUAUGCGAGACUGAGUUUCCAGCCAAGGCAGUAGCUGAAUAUGUAAACCGUCAGCAUUCCGACCCAAACGAACAAGUCCAAAGAAAAAACAUGCUAUUGGCCACGAAGCAAGUCUGCAAAGAGUUCACAGACCUGCUGUCCCAGGACCGCUCGCCGCUGGGAAACUCACGGCCGCAACCCAUUCUUGAACCGGGAAUCCAGAGCUGCUUGACCCACUUCAGUCUAAUCUCGCACGGUUUUGGGACGCCGGCACUGUGCGCGGCCGUCACGGCACUGCAGAACUAUCUGACCGAGGCUAUCAAAGCCAUGGACAAAAUGUACCUCAACAACAACCCUAACAGUCACUCAGAUAACGGCACUAAAGGCGGAGACAAAGACGAGAAACACAGAAAGUGAUGUUUCCAUCCCGCCUUCACCGAGGGGCCACAUCCCAUGGUCCUUCUUCUACACCGACCCACACCGCCCCCCCCGCCCCCCGUCUCGCCCCGGCCACCCCGCCACCCCCCCUCACCCCACCAACCCAUCAAAUAUAAAUAGCCUAUUAUAAAUACCUUAUAAAUACUAUUGAUAAAGUUAAUCGUGCCACUUCCCGAUCUUGCGUGGUUUUACAUGUUUUGUUUUUACAUCCCACUUUGGAUUCAUGAGGAAAUGACGCAAGUAUUUUCUUCUUCUUCUUCCAAAAAUGUUAUUUAAAAAAAAGAAAAGAAAAGAAAAGAAAAAAAAGGCUGCAGAGGAACAGCUCCAGGGCGAGGAAAAGGUGUACUGCCUCAGCCAGAGGACUUUUUAUGUACUCCCCCCCCCUUUUUUUAUGAGCUGCAACGAAUGGACUGAAAUCCAGCGACCCCUCUAUAUCUCAAUUUUACGAUUGUGACAAAAACGAAGCUAAAAGAGGAUGAAUUCUUAUCAGUAUUGUGAAUAAUAAACUUGAAAACAAAGAGAAAUUCCACAGAGCUCCCUGUCAUGACUUCAGUUGUAGACUCUCACUCUCUCUCCAAGCGACCAACUUGAACUUUUUGAAUUUCAACACGAUUCACGGUUAUAUAAGGGAAUCAGUGUUCAUGUAUGUAUAUAUUUAUUUAUGUGUAAUUUAAUGGGAAUUGUAAAUAUGGUGCGUCUGUUGAAACUUCUUUUUUUAUUUAUCUGGUGCCUCCUGUUUUAGUGGGUUUGAAUAUUCGGUUAGUUCUUCAUGUGAUUUUAUGGUUUUUAGAAAACAGAAGUUUGGGGUAUUUUUUAUUUCUCUGGGAUAUUUCAAUUCAGCCCUCUUGUAGCAUGUUGAGGCGACAUUGAAGCAAGUGAACAAAUUUAAUAGAAAUAAACUUCCAUUUCUCUCUAUAUAUAUCAUCCUUUUUCAGUUUUUAAUUUGAGACAGAGCAUAAGUGAGACCCUGACGAGAACUGUUUUUUUUUGUGUGUUUCUAUUUUUCGUUUUUAUACAAGCUUUUAUGUGUUGUGCCAAUCAGAAUACGUUUCACCCCUUGUUCUCUCCUUGAAGCACCAUAAAAGCAAUAAAUGGAAUAUUGUCUUUUUUUAAAUGUUGGAAGACAUUCAAAAACAUUUUUUGGGACCACCUGAUAUCUUGUUAUGUCCGAUAAUGUCCAAAAAUUGGAGGCGGUUUUAGCUGUAUUGUAUAGACAUGUGCUGGCAAUAGUUCCCAUGCCUGUCAAUGUAUUAUAGUCCUUUGUUGCCCUGAAAAAAAUAAAUAUUUGAUACGCUU